AUGGAUGGAGACCUUAUAAAGCUAGUGAACAAGCUUCAGGACACAUUCAGCAACCUGGGAGGUGAGCUGGACAUGCCCCAGCUUGCAGUAGUUGGCAGCCAAUCUGCCGGCAAAUCCAGCGUUCUCGAAAAUAUCGUAGGACGAGACUUUCUCCCUCGUGGACAAGGCAUCGUAACGCGACGGCCCUUGGUCCUUCAGCUCAUUCAUACGCCGUUGCCACCAGCGGACGCCCCUCAACCUGCGUUUCCAGAAUAUGCCCAAUUCCUCCAUACAGAUCGCCGCUUUACAGAUUUUGCGGAAAUAAGGAAGGAAAUCGAGGCAGAGACAUUUCGAGUUGCCGGUCAAAACAAAGGGAUCAGCAAACUUCCCAUAAGCCUUAGGAUUUACAGCCCCAACGUGCUUGACUUGACUCUUGUGGAUCUUCCUGGAUUAACAAAGAUCCCAGUCGGGGACCAACCGACCGACAUUGAAAAACAGAUUAGAAAUUUAGUAAUCGACUAUAUCUCGAAACCUAAUUGUGUCAUCCUUGCAGUUUCGGCAGCCAAUGUCGACCUUGCAAAUUCAGACUCGCUCAAGUUGGCACGCUCUGUUGACCCUCAGGGGCGACGAACGAUUGGUGUACUUACAAAGCUCGACCUUAUGGACGCCGGUACCAAUGCCGCUGAUAUCUUGACGGGUCGGGUCUAUCCACUCAAGCUAGGAUUCAUCGGUGUUGUGAAUCGUAGUCAACAGGAUAUCAACGUGCUCCUCAAUCAUAUUCGGGAGAAAUUACCAGAUAUGAAGGCGCGGCUCAAUACCCUCAUGGGCCAAACCCAGCAAGAGCUCAACUCCUUUGGUGAUGCGGCAAUGUUCGGUGAGCCGCACCAGAUGGGGUCCUUGGUACUCCGCCUCAUGACCCAGUUUGCAAGAGACUUUGUUGCCUCGAUAGAAGGUACAUCACUGGAGAUAUCCACCAAAGAGCUUUCAGGUGGUGCAAGAAUCUACUACAUUUUCAACGAGGUCUUCGGCCAUGCUCUGGACUCUUUGGACCCGACAUACAAUCUUAGCGCAUCAGACGUCCGAACGGCCAUCCGAAACUCGACCGGCCCCAGACCAAGUCUCUUCGUUCCAGAGGUUGCUUUUGAUCUCUUGGUCAAACCGCAAAUCAAGCUGCUGGAAGCACCUAGUUUGCGAUGCGUAGAGCUCGUAUACGAAGAGUUGGUCAAGAUUUGUCACAAUUGCACCAGCCAGGAACUUCAACGAUUUCCUCGCUUGCAUUCGAGAAUCAUCGAGGUCGUCUCUGACCUGCUCCGUGAGCGGCUCGGACCAACGUCCGAGUAUACGCAUAGCUUGAUUGAAAUCCAAGCAGCGUAUAUCAACACCAAUCACCCUGCGUUUGUAUCGGGAUCAGCUCAAGCUGCUCGAGAAGCUAAUACGCAACAACAGCGACGAAUUGAACCUGGAAAGGCAAACGUUCGUGAGGUGAUGAACGGCGCCACUUCAAGCGAUAACGAUGACGACGAUGACCAGUCUAAGGUCCUCAACGGUCUAACAGCGCGAGAUACCCGCUCCGUCUCCGCCAGUUUGCAGGAGAGGUCGAGGAUAGCAUCAGGCAAUCUGAGCUCUGCCUCGAGUCCACCGCCUCGCACCAAGGAAUCUCACCAUCGUAGUCACCAUCGUACAGGCUCUCAAGCAACAUCUACUCGUCCUACUGUACCCGUUCCAGUUGCGCCGACUGGAACAGCAAACGCAAAGGAAACCUUCCUGAAUUAUUUCUUUGGAGGUCAGGGUCCUGCUACUGGGCCUAGCUCGACUAUUCCUUCUGGUCAUAGGGCACAGCCCACUACCGUGACGGAUAUCCUGGGUGACGAACCGCUUCCGGAACAAGACAUGGGCAAGGUCGCUGCCAUGGACAUGAAGUCGCUAGGACGGCAUAUCGAGACUGCUCCCGGGGAAUCGGCUGUCUCGCUGUCAACGCGAGAGGAAAUGGAAACGACGCUUAUUCGCUCCCUUAUCAAGUCGUACUUUGGCAUCGUCAGGCAAUCCAUCCAGGAUCUUGUGCCAAAGGCCAUCAUGCACUUCCUCGUCAACCAUACAUCACAGCAAGUCCAGAACCGAUUGGUCAGCUCGCUAUACAAACCAGAUAUGUUUGUCGAACUGCUCCACGAAGACGAGACGAUCGUGACGGAGCGAGAGAGGGUUAAAGCCUUGCUAGAUGCAUACAAGGAGGCGUUCAAGACGCUCUCCGAGGUCAGCGUAAAGCCCCUUUGA